AUGGGAACAAUCUGCCAUCUGGUGGUGAGGAAUGGAAGCACAUGUUUUCAUCUUCGUUGAAAAUACUUAACUAGGCUACACGCUACAUGCUCUGUUCCACUUGAACCCUUAACCCUCUGGUAGGCCCCACACAGUGUCUGUACUAUUUUCUGAGUGCUAUUUCACACAGGGUGAAUCACUAUGUCCUCUCCAGACAGAGCUUCCCUCUUUUCCCACCUUGCUCUCUCGCUCACUCCUCUAUUUUAAGUGUAUCAGGGUUAUGUAAAAAGUCAAGAGAGCUGUAGAGGCCAGAGGGCUUCCAUCCUCAGUUAGAGGAAGUCACCUGAUACCGCAUUCUGUGACAACGUUCCAUGGUUGUCAUGGUUACUGCUGCCACGGUCACACUGUUGCUGUAUCGAGGUCAUAGAGAACUCUCUGUGUGGUCAGGGUGAUGAUGUGUUGCACACACAACACAGGAGUGGUUGUGUAAUGGUGAGAGAGGAUGUGAUUCUCAUUUAACCUAGACGUUGUUUUUAAGUCAAAUAUAGCGGUGGUACAACACCCUCUCAUACUAGAUGUAUUAGCUAGCUUGUUACUUCCUGAGUGGCGCAGUGGUCUAAGGGCAUGAUCGCAGUGCUACUGUGCCACAGAGUCCUGGUUCGAAUCCAGCUCUGUCGCAGCCGCCGCGACCGGAGACUCAUGGCGGCGCCAAUGGCCCAUCCGUCAGGGUAGGGGAGGGAUGCCGGCGGGAGUAGCUGUUGAUAGAGCAUGGGUUUGCAACCAGGUUGUGUCAUUCCCAUACGGGGGGCGUAUAACAUAUGAUUCACAACUGACGUGAUAGAGCGUCUGCUAAAUGACUACAAAUGAAUGAAAGAUGUUACAGAUGUGACAUAUGAAGACGUACAUAUCAAAAGAAGAGUAUGGGACAAUGUAAUUGAUUCAUGACUUGUCAGAAACACAUGAAGUGAUUGGGAGGGAAGGAUAGAGGGAGGGAUGGGAUACAUGGAGAAAAUAAAUAGGGAUGGAGAGUAUUUAACAUUCACCUCAUACUCUGUCCUAGUGUGACAAGUAGCGGUGAAGGUGCUUGUGGAUCAGUAAGUUUACUAGCUGAGUCUUUGACUGAAUAUACCAUGGGCCUGUCUGACUGUGUGACGGUGAGUUUAGAUGUGUUACAUGUGACGGUAGAUAUAGUGACAUGAUAUAUGGUGAUUGUAUGUCACCCCCCUUGCUGCGGCUGAUUGAUGCUUAAGACACUUAAUAUUGUUCUGAUGUGUUAAGUUGAUUAUGAUGUCAUCUGUUUUCAAUAUAUACUGAUCUGUUCAUGUCUCUCUCCCUCCCUGUGUCUAGGCUGAGUCUGGGUAUGGGUCAGAGUCCAGUCUGAGGAGACAUGGCUCCAUGCUGUCUCUCACGUCUGCUACGAGCGGCUACUCCGCCACAUCCACAUCCUCCUUCAAGGUGAGACUUGACCUAACAUACACACACACAUACACACACACACACACACACACACACACACACACAGAAUGUUUGCUGACCAUACGUUCCUCUGUUUGGGUCCGAAGGGUCACAGCCUGAGAGAGAAGCUGGCGGAGAUGGAGACAUUCAGAGACAUCCUUUGCAGACAGGUGGACACGCUGCAGAAAUACUUUGACGGCUGCUCCGACGCUGUCUCCAAGGACGAGCUGCAGAGAGACAAAAGUAAGACGAUGAAUUCAUCAAUGGAUCAAUCAGUCAAUCAAUCAGAUGCUUAUGUCAGACAAUAAAAUCUUAAGUGCCUGACAGCCACAGGUCUACGAUCCUUUGUCUAACCGUGGGGGAAGAUACUUCCACAUGCACUCUGUGACAGCAAAACCAAUGGGUUCCUUCCUACUUAAUGUUUAACUUGCAAAUGAACAGAAAACACAACAACAGCUACCUGAAAAAACAAUGACAAAGUACCACAAAAUGCCUCCAAAAAAUAUUUGGUGUUGCCAGCAGAAAUGCUAUGCAUGUGUGUGGAUCAUGAAAAUAUUUAGAGCUUUGGGGAAACAUUUGCAGAAUCUUCAACGGAAUGUGUUCCGUCAGCCCCCUCAUUGAGAUGCAGUCAUUUCACUCUCCCUCUUAGUUUUUCUUUUUUCCUUCUCUCUCUCUCCCUUCCUCACUCUCUCUUUCUCUCCCUCCACCCCCCCACUCUCAACCUCUCCCACUCUCUCUCUGCUGCCUGAACAUUUGCUCAUGGUAGAGUUUGUGCUUUGUCACCGUGCUGAACGACGGUUCUGGAUGACCACAAACAAUCAAAGCGUUCCUUUGUUACCUAUCAAAUCCUUCCCUCUUUCCCUCCUCUCAUGUCUCUCCCUCCCUUUCCCCCCCCCCCCCCUCCCUCCACCCUCCACCCCUUACUCCUGAAGAAGAGUCCAGGCCAUUGUUGUGGUUCUGAAGACAGUACAGUAGAGUUCUGUUAGCGUGCCGUGCUGGGUGGUUGCGUAGGAGACUCUUUGCACUACUCUGGCUUUAUUGGUGGCUCUUUGCAGGGGCUUUGUAGGGACUAGUGUACUACUGUAUGACGAUUGCUGAUCUCUCUCUUUCUCUCUCUCGUUCCCUCUUUUUCUCUCUAGUUGUGGAGGAUGAUGAGGAGGAUUUCCCCAACACUCGGUCAGACGGAGAGUUCAUCCACAACAACAACGGCAGCAAAGAGAAGCGUGAGUACAGAAGAAUCACUUCUAUAGAGUUCAACCCUUUGAGGCUAUUCAAGUGUUUUUUUAAACUAACUAAAAUUAAAACAAUUUGUAGUCCGUGUGUGUGUACGUAGUAAACAUGAAAUACGAUUUGUGUCUGAAAUAAAUGUUUCAAAACACAGAGCUAUGUUAAAACAUCAAUUUUUACACACACAUUACUCUCCUCUGUGCAGUGUUCCGAUCGCUGAGCCCUAAAGGCAUCAAUGGGAUAGACUUUAAGGGCGAGGCUAUCACGUUUAAGGCCACCACAGCUGGGAUCCUGUCCACCCUGUCCCACUGCAUCGACCUGAUGGUGAAGAGAGAGGACAGCUGGCAGAAGAGACUAGACAAGGAGACGGAGAAGAGGAGGAGGAUAGAGGAGGGCUACCAUUCUGCUCUCUCUGAGCUCAAGAAGAAGUCUCACUUCGGAGGCCCUGAUUACGAGGUGAGAAGAUUGGGUCAGUUCUAAGAUUGUUUUGAGCCAGGUGAAAAUACAUCUGUCAUUCCCAUUCUCAGUAGGUAAUGAACGCCAUGUUACUCUUCCCUUGUCUCCUCCUUCUUUUCCUCCUCCCUCUCUUCUUCCUCCAGGAGGGGCCUAACAGCCUGAUCAAUGAGGAUGAGUUUUUCGAUGCCGUUGAAGCAGCUCUUGACAGACAAGACAAGAUGGAGGAACAGGUACAUGUGCAAGGGCAAACAGCCUCAGCCUCUAUUGAUAGAGAAUAAAUCAAAUUCUAUAAUAAUAAUGAUAAGUCUUCGUAUUACCUUGAGUGUUUUAUCCUGGCCGUGUGUGUGUGUGUGUAGUCUCACACCGAGAAAUCGAGGAUACAGAGGUCCAGUCCAGUUCCCCCAGGAGAUGUCUACUCCACCAUAGGAUCACACAGAUUCGCUGACAAGGUAAUUCACCUCACUUAGUCCUGAACACGUUACUUUUACUCUCUUCCCCUUACCUCACUCUUUCUCUUUUUAUGGUUUAUGUUCUCUUGUGUUCCUUCAUCAUCCCUGUAGCCCCAUAGUCACUGCCCUCUGAUAGUCACUGCCCUCUGAUAGUCACUGCCCUCUGAUAGUCACUGCCCUCUGAUAGUCACUGCCCUCUGAUAGUCACUGCCCUCUGAUAGUCACUGCCCUCUGAUAGUCACUGUCCUCUGAUAGUCACUGUCCUCUGAUAGUCACUGUCCUCUGAUAGUCACUGCCCCUCACUGCGCUCCUUGGCAGAGCAAUAGCAACCCCUCCACCACUGGCUGACUUACUGCACUCCCCCCCAACAGGCAUCUGUCUAGCAUGAUAUUAUUGGUUGCCACCCUGAGUCACUACACUAUAUUUAGCUAGCAUGCUUUUGUCUUUGUCUGUUAGUACAGAGAUUGACUGGCCUUUGCAGUUUGCCUGUCAUAGCUGCUACAUCACCACAGUACAAUUGGUGGUUUGUCUUUCCUUUAACACAUUUGUGUUUGUCAGUGAGCUAUUAUUUCAAUCUGACAUUUAACCCCAUCUGUCCCUCCUGUUCCUCUUCCUGGUUGUUUUUGAUAGGUGGAGGAAAUGGUGCAGAAUCACAUGACCUACUCGCUGCAGGAUAUGGGCGGAGACGCCAACUGGCAGCUGGUGGUGGAGGAGGGAGAGAUGAAGGUAGGAGAGAGGGAGGAAUGAAGAGAGAGAGCGAGGGAUGAUGAUUUGAUUUAUGAAUGUGCCUUAUGUGAAAGAAAGAAAACCUUUGUGUUGCCAGCACUUCAACUAAGCCAUUCUGUCUUCAAUCACAUAGUUAAAGUAAAGUAUUAACCACGGUACCCCUCUCUGUUGUGUGUAGGUGUACAGGAGGGAGGUGGAGGAGAAUGGCAUUGUCCUGGACCCCCUGAAGGCCACCCAUUCUGUGAAGGGAGUCACGGGACAUGAGUUGUGUCACUACUUCUGGGACACGAACGUACGCAACGACUGGGAGAGUAAGUUUCAUCUGAACAAUAUAAUACAUACAGUGGAGCAGUAUUUUUGCAAUGUUCCUUAUUUCUGUAGUAAUGUUUUUGAAUUGAGUCAUUUAGUGGACAUGUUUUACUCUGUUUCUCUGUCCUUCUCUCUUUUCAUUUAUUCAGCUACCAUUGAGAACUUCAACGUUGUGGAGAUGUUAUCAGACAACGCUGUAAUCGUCUACCAGACACACAAGGUAAGAGGGAACACACACACACAAUCUUUGGGCUCUGAGAAGAGAUUGGGGUUUUUAAAGGAAGGAGACAAAGCCAAAACAUGAAGACUUGUGAUGUGCAGUAAAGCAUACAUGUGAACUGUCUGUUGCAGAGGGUGUGGCCAGCAUCCCAGAGAGAUGUGCUGUACUUGUCUGCUAUGAGGAAGAUCCUGGCUAACAACGAGAAUGACCCAGACACCUGGCUGGUCUGCAACUUCUCUGUGGACCACGACAAUGCCCAGGUCAUUUUAACUAUCCUACCGCUUAUGAGCUCAAAGAUUUUGGGACGUUGUAUUGAUUAGUUAAACUCUUAUUCAGGUCUAUCUUUGGCCAGGUCUCUCUGGCAAUAAAUAUUUUUAUCUCAAUGAGACAACCCAAAUAACAAAAUAUUGAUAACAAAAUGAAGGUUAAUUAAAAUAUUCAACCAGGUAAGAAUCUCCUAUGCUUGUAAUUGAUCUUCCUCCAUGUCGUUGUCGCCCUGCAGACCACCAACAGGUGUGUUCGCGCCAAAAUCAACAUUGCCAUGAUAUGCCAGACCCUGGUGAGCCCACCAGAGGGCGACAGAGAGAUCAGCAGAGACAACCUUACCUGUAAAAUCACCUAUGUGGCCAAUGGUGAGCUCACCUCCGUAACCACUCUAAUAGGCACUAGAGAUGGCCAUGCUAGAACGGACAAAAUAAGCAGUAUUACAAUAGCCAUGUAGUACAUUGCCAGUAACUAUGUAUUCUUCAAUUAGGAUUUGAGUAACUUGCGUUUCGGAAUAGUAAGUUUAGGGUCAGGGUUAAUGUUAGGCAAGCCAACAAGAGGCAAGCUAGCUAUUCCUGCCUCCCCGCGGUGGAGUUGCUUGGGUAGCUUUCUUGUUUAGUAUAUGUAGCGUUAAGUCGCUUGGUUAUUCUAAAUGGACCGUGCUGCGGUCAGAGGCUAGCUAGCCUAGCUUAGACUAAAGAGCAUCCUGGCUAACGUCAGCUAGCAUGCAUAACUUCCAGUGAAUUAAGCUUAUUAGCGUUCCCCAGCGCUAUGACAACCCCAUUCCUAUUUUCAUUCCUGGAGUUGGAGGGAGUAGAGAGAGCGGGGCUUGCGUGCUCCUCCAAUGAAGAUGUAGCCCCCGAGCAGCUGCACCGCUACACAAAAACAUAGCUGUGAUGACAGUGGCCCCACGUUUUAUUACAGCAAACGGGGUACUAAGUCAGCCGGGCUUCAUGCAGGCUAUAAAGUUUCACAGAAGCACAACGUGUUUUGGAAGUUUGUCCAUGUUUAAUUACCCUCUGGUACCCCGCGUUCCAUGGUGUUCACGGGGUUCAAGGGGUAUAUCAAUCUCCCCAGCGUGGGAGUAAUAAAAAGGGCGAUUUGCUCUCUGUCCAAAAGGAGGCACCUCUCCCCCAUAGGUGGCUUAUCAAUGGUGUUUAUUGUGGAUUCCUGCCAGUAGCUCACCAGUCCCUAUGAGGUGUCUAGGGAUACAGGUUAUGGGCCCUGAAGGCGAUUGGUGGUUGGUAGCAGAGUUGACGGAACAAGCAGGGUUGGACACGACCAUGCUAUUAUCCCACAUACCGUCUCUGUGGUUCAUAUGAACCCUGAAAUGAGCGGUCUUUCUCCAGCUUGGCGCUUUUCAUUCCUGGGAAUUAGAUUUGAUUACGAAUCACCCCUAUCGGUUACCACAGAAGGGGUCCGUUUUUUCAGAGCUGUCUUUCCCAUGCCCAGCUAGGUUACAAGGCGCUUUGUUGCCAGUACCUAUGACUGGUCGGUAGGGUAACCUCCAUUAUGUUUUUUUCCCCUGGGUCUAUUUAAAAAAUUUCCGGAACGCAUCUUACCGCCUAAACCGAGUGAGGCUCGUUGUCACUGAUCGCCGGAGCCCUUGUACCCAGAGUGGGCCAGGCUUUAGGCAAACCUUGGUACAUAAACAAAACAAUUUCAACCCCAAGUUCCACAGCGUUCACGGGUGUCAAAAGUAUUGUCUCCCGCAUGUGAGUUCGAUGAAAAGUGUUCCUUCUCCACAUUCAGACACACUGUUUGCAAGAGUGGUGGAAAUGGAAGAAUAACCAAUCUCUCCUAGUCCACAAGGUGGCGUCACACCCUUUCAGAUGGCACUUCACGGGAAGCUCGCUGUCUGCUCCGACCAAUGGCACGCAUGUGAAGUGUCUCCCUGGAUCAUGUGAACAGUGACGUCAGGGUACAGGCUACAAUUUGUUGUGCGUCCCCCACGCUUCUGCAGCGUCACCACGUUGGCUGUUCCUGAGGCCUCAGCACCCGUUUUGAGGGAGGAAAUAUCCUCCCGUCUCCAGAAGCAGGCAAUCCGAAUGGUUUCUAUGUCGAAGAUCCAGGACGGCUGGUACAGGACGGCUGGUACAGGGCGGCUGGGCCCCGUGUAGCUCAGUUGGUAGAGCAUGGCGCUUGCAACGCCAGGGUUGUGGGUUCGAUUCCCACAGGGGGCCAGUAUGAAAAUGUAUGCACUCACUUAACUGUAAGUCGCUCUGGAUAAGAGCGUCUGCUAAAUGACUAAAAUGUAAAAUGUACAGCCGGUAUUUCCUGGUUCCGAAAAGGGAUGGGACUUUGGGUCCCAUUCUAGACCUACGUGCCCUCAGCAAGCACCUCAGUCUACAAACUCAGAAUGCUCACGAGCCGCUGGCUAUUACAGCUGAUUGGCUGGUGGCGGUGGAGUCGAGGGGUCAAGUGGUGUUAUACACAUCCAUGCUACUGUCCUGUAUUCAGUCUCUAGGCUUCAUAAGAAACCAGAAAAAGAGCUGUCUCACUCCAUCUCAGCGCAUUCCCUUUCUGGGUCUAGAGCUAGACUCACUUGUGGCUCCCCGUUGACCCAGGCAGCCUUGGUUUGCUGAGAUCAUUCGCCUUUUAGGCGGGGACCAGUGGCAACUCCUUUGUGCAGGGACCUGUUGUCCCAGGAGCCCGGGAAGGUUUGGCAAGUGAGGCUGGAGAUUUGGUUCCUAUGGGCCUGGCCCCUGAGAGUGGCAAUCUGAUGGCUAGAGGUUUACCUCCGAAUGUUAUUGCUACCAUUCAGUCUGCAAGGGCGCCCUCCACAAGAGGGCUGUAUACGUAUAAGUGGCAAGCGUUUGAGCUCUGGUGCCAAGAUAAAGGACUUAGUUCCUACAGGAGCUUUUCAAGCAGGGACGGGCAUUCUCCACGUUAAGUGUACAUGUAUCUCAGUCCUGGUUAUGCGGUUAUCCCACCCCCUGAUUGUGCGGUUCCUGAAAGGUGUAAGUCAGCUCAAACCGAUCUCUAAACCUACAUGGGACUUGGUGCUGGUUUUGGAGGCACUGUGCGCGGCCCCCUUUGAGCCUCUGGAGUCGGUAGAUCUGACGAUCCUCUCCUACAAAACCUCUCUGCUCAUGGCUUUGGCCUCGGCUAAACGUUUUGGGGACCUCCACGCGUUAUCCGGUAUUCAGUUUGCUCGGGGCGACUCUAAGGGGAUGUUUCGUCCAAAUGUGGCCUUUGCCCCAAAAGUCAUGGCUAUGUCCUACAUGUCCUUAGUUUUUGAGUUGUAACUUUUUCACCUCCUCCUUUUGCUUCUGAAGAGCAACAGAGGUUACAUGCCCUGUGUACGUUGCGAGCUUUACUUGCGUAGAUUGAACGGACCCAGGAUAUCCGGAUGUGUGACCAUUUAUUUUUGUCUGUUUUACUAAUCCAACUCCCAGCAUGGCACUCCCUAAGCAGCGUCUCUCCCACUGGCUUGCGGAGGCUAUUUCUCUAGCAUAUAGCAGCAAGGGUUACCUAGCGGUGUAUGCACCCGCUCCACCAGGGGUGACUAUAGGAGAUAUUUGUGCUGUGGCGAGUAGUUAACUACAGAAAUGUUCUUCGUUUGACAGCCCUAAUUAAAUAUGAAGGUGUUGUGAAUGAAACUGUUCUCUGUGAUAUCCUGUGUAACAUGUAUUUCCUCUUCCUGUCUGUCUCAGUGAACCCGGGAGGCUGGGCUCCUGCCUCAGUUCUGAGGGCUGUGGCCAAGAGGGAGUACCCCAAGUUCCUCAAGCGCUUCACCGGCUACGUCCAGGACAAGACAGCCGGGAAACCUAUCCUCUUCUGA